ACUAUACGAUCAGCAAAUUCACUUGAAAUACGUGCCCAGAUUAUCGGGAUAUGUCACUUGCACUGUGCAAAAAAAAUUGUAUAUAAACAAUGCCAAUUAACCACCAUAAAUCAAUCAAUACCAAACAGUAUUGACUAUUCAAUUGAGCAAAACUGAUCAUGAUUGCCUUACUAGCAAUUACCCUGUUGGUAGCCUCGGCGGCGGCUGUGCCCGUACAACAGUCCGAGAUCGAGACCGAAUGGAUGGCAUUCAAGCUAAAAUUCCGUAACGGUGGCGCUUUUGGUAACGACGAAAUGCGCAGGGACAUUUUCGAGAGCACCUACCGAUACGUGGUGGCCCACAACGCCGAGGCCGACCAGGGGCUGCACACCUAUCGGGUGGGCAUCAAUCAGUUCGCCGACAUGACCGAC